AGCUCGGGUUUCAAUUUCAUGGAUACCGCAGCGCGAAAUUUGCACGGCAUCGUUGAGGAUGUUCAGUCACCGAGUGCCGGCCUGUUGGAUUUCCCCUCACCUGCAAGCGACCUAGAAAUCUACACUCCAGGUGUUGACUCGUUGUCUUUGGCAGCAAACGUGACUUCUAAUCCAUGGCUGGGUUCUGAUACGUGCCUGUUUUCUGCAACAUCCGCAGUUCCUGAUACAGUAGACUUGCAGCCUUCGAUUUGCUCGCCCGCUCACGAGUUUGAACAGCCAGGUCUUGGCUUCGACACUCUUGUCGGCGCGCGUGUAGCACCUGCUCCAACCAGUCCUCUACCACUUCCUUCUUUCAAGGACGGUAGAGACCUUCGUCUGCCAUCGUUCACGCAACUUGGAAUAGCUGCCCCGCACUCCGAACCAGUUCGUCCGGUACUUGUACGCAACCCUCAUCCUUGUCUUGGCGACGACGACUCAUCAGCUUUACCCCGAGUUGGCACAGUCGCCCUGGGAGAAAUCACGAAACUACCUGCCGACCAUCGCGUUGACGAUGCUUUGCUCGAACACGUAGUCGCAUUCCACCCCGAGUCUUCGCCUGCAGUGCAACCCAGAGCACCUCUUCAAAGCCCGGUGCAUCACUAUGUAACGACGCUUACACCUCCUGACGACACUGGCAGAAUAACGUGGGAACCAAUCACGCAGUUCGCGACAGGGCCCAUGGCUCCUCCCGUGGCUGCAAUCGGAGGUCUGGCUUCUGGUGCUGAGCCAUCAGCAGCACCGAUACCAGACGGAUCAACAGUCCCGAGUAUCAACGUACAAGUUUCUACUCCGCUGGGAGAAUCAACACGCCCAUGGCUGAGCGACGCCAUAACCAUCAUGCUCAAAAAUAUUCGCUCUGCGUCUAACGCUUAUCAAGACCCGAUCAAGGUCCUCUCACACGCGCUACCAUGCCCGUCUACAGAAGGUCACGCCUUUCCUACCAUCAUCAGCUCUCUACACGACGAGACUCCUACAUCACCUACGUGUUGGAUCAAUGUUUUCCACGCGCUGCCCGGCAGAUUCAGUCUCGCAGAUCUUCCCACAUCCCCUCCCAGCACCCCAGGUCCUCCUAUUGGUGGAGAUGAUUACUUCACCAGCAAGGUCUUCGACUCGGCUGUACACAUACUCGACUAUGCCGACAACCUUAAAUCCCUCCCACAGUCUCCUCGACCUGUAGUGCCGCCUUCUUCAGUUGACGUUUCUAUCGUCGAACGCUAUAUCCCACCUACCAACAAGAACGAAUUUGCCGACAUGUUCACCACCAAGGGCCCCUCGCUGCUUGUAGACAGACUGGUCGAAUUGUCGCCAGACAACGGCACGCUCAUCUUCGUGUACCCCACCAAGCGCGGAGCGCAGACGUUUGUCAAUGAGUAUCUUGGGCCCAUUCUCGACCCAAUUCUUAGAUCAAUGGUCGUUGUCAAUGGUUUCUCGUCAGACAUGGGCCAGCAACUGGGCAAGAUGGUCGCGGCCGACGAACUGCCCGACCACGACAUGAUGAAGAGAAAGAUCAUGUCACUCUGCUCUUCGUUGAGCCAGUCAAGCCCAGGCAUGGAACGCUUCCAGAGGAUACCCACGAAUUUUGAGUUACUACUCUCAUCCACAGAGGAGGUCACGCUGGAUCGCAAAGUUUGGUCGGAGGACUGGUGGGCCAAGCAGGAGAAGCCACGCAUUAGGGAAACCAUCUCGCGUNUUUUCCGCAAAGCCAAUAGAGCUCAGGAAGAUCAGACACCUGUUAGUCUGGUGCAUGAAGUACUGGACGGCGUUGCUCAANAAGCAUACCCAGAAGGAAGAGAAAGACAAUCCGGCAUUGAAGUCAGCGUGUUUGUCAUCUCAAGAUCGAGGUGUGCGAAGUGA